UCGCUCCCCAGCACGGAUUCCCCCGGCUCCCAUCCCCAUCCCCAUCCCCAUCCCUCUCCACCAGGAGGAAACCCCAAAAGAAAGAUCUUUUGGGAGUUUUCUACAAAACUUAUGAGUAGAAUUCUACAUGUAUAAAGCCAUCAAAUUCCAUUCCUUCUUCUCUUCCCCUUCCCCCCUUAUAUAGCUAUAGAACUCCGCCCCCCCUCUUCUUCUUUAAAAUCCCAUCUUUCUCCCCAUUUCUCAACGAUCAGGAAUAUAGCAGUUCUGGGUUCCUCCUGAUUCCCGAUACACGAUUGGUUCUGAGGGCUUGGUGGGACGAGUGGAGCCGAUCUUGAUGAGGGUUGACGGCAGCUUGGCGGACCGGAAGGGGAAGAAGGAGGCGGCGGCGGUGGCGAAGGGCAAGUCGUCGAAGAAGGACAAGCGGCGGAAUAAGAAGGCCAAGUCGGCGACGGUCGUCCAGAGGCUGUUCGAUACCUGCAAGUCCGUCUUCGCCAAUUGCGGACCCGACAUCGUCCCGUCCCCGGAGGACAUCGAGCGCCUUCGAGCCAUUCUUGAUACUAUGAAACCAGAAGAUGUUGGUUUAACUCCAAACCUGCCAUAUUUUCGCAAUGUUUCUGAAGGAACUCCUCUGAUAACAUACUUAUGCCUUCAUGAGUCUCCCAAGUUUUCGAUAUGUAUCUUUUGCUUGCCUAAGUACGCUGUCAUCCCACUUCAUAAUCACCCAGGAAUGACUGUAUUUGGCAAGCUUCUUUUCGGCUCAAUGCACAUCAAGUCGUAUGAUUGGGUUGAUGACCCUCAGAAUUCCAGCGAGACAAUAAAAAAUGCAGAUGGUGCACGGUUGGCGAAGGUUAAAACUGAUGAUGUUUUCAAAGCGCCAUGUGAGACAUCCAUACUGUAUCCAGCUGCUGGAGGCAACAUGCAUCGUUUUACUGCGGUGACCUCUUGUGCGGUGUUGGAUGUGCUUGGGCCACCUUACUCUAAAGCUGAAGGAAGGGAUUGCACAUAUUAUAAAGAUCUCCCAUAUUCAAGUUCCUCCGGCGACGCUGUUUUGGUGCCUGGUGAGCCAGAGGGGUAUGCGUGGCUGAAAGAGAUGGAGGGACAGCCUGAUGACUGCGUUGCAGUGCCUCGUGAAUACAGGGGCCCAAAAAUUGUGGACCACUGAAUGACAAUUUGUGGCGAUGACGCUGCAGUUUUUGCAGCAAAGCACAGCGAUUCUGCAGUUUGGUUGGGUGUAUAUACACAACAGAAGAAUGACAAGGGAAAUGGGUUAGGAGAGGGAGAGGGAGAGGGAGAGGUUCUGGAUGGGAUUGUGCACCUCCAAAAAUUCUGUUUUAUAGCUUAAAUCGUUGGUGCAAAAGUUCGUGGCAAUGCCCUGAAAGCAUGUUUUUAAUGUUCUGUUAAAUUUAAACUUGCACAACUUGCACGAUUGGAGUUUCUAGUUUUUAUUUAUGACUUUGUUGG